AUGGCAUACCACCAAACUGCGUCAUCUCCAAAAUGUCCCUGCUUUCUUAUUCUUCUAGUCAUCACUGUAUUUUGUUGUUGUUUUGCAACAGCAAAAACCCAGAAGAGUUUAAAAAGAGGCGCUUCUUUUUCAGUUGAAGAUGAUUCUGGUUUCCUAACUUCCCCAGAUAAGUCUUUUACAUGUGGGUUCUAUGGGGUGGGCACAAAUGCCUACUGGUUCUCCAUUUGGUUCACAAAUUCCGAGAACAAGACCCUUGUUUGGAUGGCUAACAGAGACAGACCUGUCAAUGCUUUGGGGUCCAGAGUUUCACUGAGUCGAGAUGGCACCAUGGUCUUGACUGAUGUGGACGGCAAAAUUGUCUGGGAGAGCAGCACCAACUCAACUCCCACUGGUGCUGAAAGGGCGGAGCUUUUGAAUUCUGGCAACCUUUUGUUUUGA